AUGCGCGUUGUUAAAACGUGUUCCUCUGUCAGGGAACUUCUCGGCAAGGGAGAAAUUUUGCAAGUCAUGGUGGGCCAUUCAAGACAGGUGGACUACGACAACAUUAAGUAAAUAUAUGGAAAUAAGUGACAUUUUCAAGAACGUGACUGUCAUAUGCUACCCAUGAGUACCGUCUAGACAUUUUGGGCUGUUUUAUCCGUAAACUCUUUCUACAUUGGAGGAGUUUUCAGAGAGUAAUUGAAAAUUCAUUGGUGGGAUCUAAGCAUCUGACAGGAUAGACACUUGCCACUGAGGACAAAGGAACCCUCCUUUUCCCCCAUUUUCCCUUUUUAUUUUCCCCAAAGCCAAUGUUUUUCUAAAAGCACCUAAGUUUUGUAAUGGUUUCUCUACAUUUUAUACUUAUGUAAUCUAAAACACUGACUCCAAGUGUCCUAGUUUGACCCUCGUUCUGUUAGAUUUUUUUUUUGUUUUGCUUUUAACUUUCAUUUUGUUUCCUUUGCCAAGAAAUGCUUUACUUGAAAAAGUACUUCACAGAGGGUCUGAUUCAGUUCACUAUCCUCCUGAGUCUCAUUGGGGUGCGGGUGGACGUGGACACCUAUUUAAACAGUCAGCUGCCCCCUCUCCGUGAAAUCAUCUUGGGCCCGAGCUCAGCCUACACACAGACACAGUUUCACAACCUGCGCAACACCCUGGACGGCUAUGGCAUCCAUCCGAAAAGCGUGGACUUGGACCAUUUCUUUGCCAUUCGUCGGCUGCUGAAUCAGGUGCACUCUCUGGAUCACCUGCGUGUGCCCAGCACUGAGCUGAACGCUUGGCUGGUGCACCGUGACCCUGAGACUGUGGUGUCUGCAGCCAGCCAGCCGAGUCCCAGCAUUGCCCUGGACAAUGGGGGCAGCCUGGAGGACGUAAACAGUCCUGAACCCUCGGCCAUGAGAGGGGCUGGCAGCACUUCUGAGUCAACCUACAACCUUAGUGGAGAGGACAGUUUGGGUGCUGUGGCUUCUGAGGCCAACCAGGAGCAAGGCAACAGAGACAGCGUUGAUGAGCUUUCUAAAGAGGACAUAGACCUUAUAGAUAUCCUCUGGCGACAGGACAUUGACCUCGGAGCUGGACGGGAAGUGUUUAACUACAGCAGCAGGCACAAGGAUGGUGAGACUGACAAACCGAAUGAGGCAAAUGAGGAGGCAGGUGUACGAGAGGAGGACUGGAGAAAUGGAAUCAAUCUGCAGGAGGGUCAGGGCAUAACUCUUGUGGAUGGAGAGACAGGAGAGAGCAUACCUGAGCAGCUCUCCAGCCUUGGUACACAGACCUCAAUGUCCCUACAGGAAUGCCUAAGGCUUCUGGAGGCCACCUUCCCUUUUGGAGAGGAAUCGGAGUUCCAGGCUACAGAAGCUGCCCCUCAACUGAGAGGCCCAGCAGAAAAUGUUCCUUCAACAUCUCAGGGGCUUUCACUGCCUGCCUCUUUGCCUCAGUCUGAUGCACCUUUAGACCUGGAACAGCAAUGGCAGGACAUAAUGGCAAUCAUGGAACUGCAGGAUAUGGAUGUGAAUAACAUGACUGAAAACACCAAUCUCACCAACCUGAACAACACUGGUACUAAUACCAAUGAAUCAGGCACAAUGGCAAGUUUUGGUGUUCCACAAUCCAGUCUGAUCAACCAGGAUGUGAGUCUCCAUCAGGCAUCCCUCCCGAGCUGCAGCCAGGACCUCCCCAACCUUUUCAACUCUGAAUUGGAUCCCUCUGUUGGGCAGCGACCUCCUCUCCUUAGGCUCUCCUCCAGCAAUUCAUCUAAUAUCAAUUCAACAUUUGGAGUCACAAAUCUUACUGGGCUGUUCCUCCCACCACUCAACAGCACCAACAACUUGACCUCUUCCCCAGUGCUGCCUGACCCCUUUGCUAGCCUGCUGGAGGAGUCCAUGCUGGAUGAAAUUAGCCUGCUAGACCUUGCAAUGGAGGAAGGGUUCAGUCAGGCUCAAGCCUCUCAACUAGAAGAUGAGCUCGACUCAGACUCUGGACUGUCUUUAGAUUCUGGACACAGCCCUGUCUCUCCCAGCAACUCUGAGACGUCUUGCUCCUCAGCUGCGUCUUCUUCCUCCACCUCUGCCACUUUCUCUGAGGAAGGCGCUGUGGGCUACAGCACUGAUUCUGAAGUGGCCACAGCUGAAGCAGAGGAGGGUGCCGUUGGAGGCUACCAACCAGAAUAUAGCAAGCUGUGCCGUAUGAGCUAUCAAGAUCCGUCUCAUUUUUAUAACCUGCCACAGCUGGACAGCAUCAAUCACAACCACACUUACAACCUACCACUAGCUUCCUCGUACCCUGAGGAACCCCAGCUGCCGGGAUCCUGUAGUAAAAAGUGCAGAGACAAGCACCUACAACAAACCAAGGUUCAUCCACCACGAGAGUUCAUCGACAAGCAGUCAAGCCGCGAUGAACGUCGGGCCAGAGCCAUGAAAAUCCCAUUUUCCAACGAUAAAAUUGUCAACCUUCCUGUUGAAGAAUUCAACGAGCUUCUGUCCAAACACCAUCUCAGCGAGGCCCAGCUUUCCCUCAUCCGCGAUAUCCGCAGACGUGGCAAAAACAAAAUGGCUGCACAGAACUGCCGUAAACGCAAACUGGACACCAUCAUCAACCUUGAGCAAGGUGUGCAGGAUCUGCGGCGUGACAAAGCCCGGCUGCUGAAGGAGAAGAUGGAGUGCCUGCGCUGUAUCAGGCAGAUGAAGCAGAAGGUGCAGAUCCUUUAUCAGGAAGUAUUCAGCCAGCUGCGUGAUGAUGAAGGCAGGCCUUACCCUGCUAGUGAGUAUUGCCUGCAGUACAGUGCUGAUGGUAGCGUGCUCAUUACACCACGAAGCAUGACUCUUGAGCAAAGCCGGAAGCCUGACAAGAAACAGAAGGACAAAAAGAAGUGAGGAUCUGCUCCUUUCUUUUGCUGCCAAGGCUCCACCAUGGAAAAAAAAUUACUAUAAGGUGGAAGUAAAUGCUGUUUUUGUUUUUUUUUCCUUUGAGAAGAUUCUAGCAAGGAAAAGAAAAUUGCACUGUCAGUGUUGUUCCUGCAUUAGGUUUUCUCCUUUUUUCUUUUUUUGGUUCAAAUGUUUUCUCCAGAAAAUAUGAAGCAGAAUUGCUUUUUAAAGUACCGAUUCUCUGUUGAUUUACUUGGAGUAUGAUCAGAAUGGUGAAUUGACUGAAUCUAAGAAGAGUAAAAGAGGCAAACCACAGCUGGGGAGACACUGACUAAUCUGAGAAUAACUUGAGGAAUUUGACCUUAAUUUCCAUCAAGAUCCCAAAAACAAGAUGAAUGUAAGGCUAGCUGAUUAUCGGCUUGGAAAGGCCAUUAGACUCUUUAGUAUUGGCCUCUGGGGUGUGUGAGUACCCUGCUGGUAGUCCUUUAGUGUUAAAGAAGGUGGCCCUUUUUUCUGAAGAUGAUUGAGAGGUGCUCGGAAGUUGGAAGAUGAACUUUUGUGCCGAGAAAACACAUGCAAAAGAAAGCAUAUCCAUAGUAACCAAUGGUUGUGCGUUUCUUUUGUUUCAUCACAGUGGUCACUUGUGUACCUUACACCAAUGUGAUUUCAAUGACCAUAACAAGGAAACGGCACAUUUCCUUUGGACAGUUCAAUGUGAAACCUGACUGGUUUCUUUGGGUAUUAAAUACCACUUGCCAUGGAAUUAGGAAAAGUCGGACAAAGAGUGGUUAAGAAUGAGUUUGAGGUAAUGCUUGAGGCUGGAAUGAAUGAGAUGAAAAUUAAAUACUGAGUGAAGAUGCACACUACAUUACUAAUAAAUCAGCUUCUGUGCUCUGCUCACUGCUGUAAAUCAUCUCUGUCGCUUGGCUGUAAGCUCUCAAUCUUUAGCAGUCGUUUCUCUUCUGCAGGCUUAAAGGUGAGAAUCUCCUCGUUGAACCUUUCCAUAGUUUCCCUCCCAUGUGCAUAAAUGUCUACAUAAGCUACAGGCCUGAUUUUUUUUUGUUUGUUUGUUUUUUCUUUCCCUUUUGAAUUCUGUCAAGUGUGUUUCUCUGCUUAAAACUGGACAUUCUAAAAAGGGAAAAAAAAGAAAAUCAAAACAACCACGGGAAAAAAAAAACUGUACAGAGUUGUUCUGCUGAAUUUCAAAUCGUCAUCUGCUUUUCCGGACUGUUAUGUCACUGAAGCAACAGGCGCAAAUACAGCUCUCACUCAAAGACGUUCUCUUUUAGUUGCACUAGUUUUCUGUAAUGCUCUUUUUCUGUUUGACAUGGACAGUGAAAAAGAUAUUCUCAAUAUUUCAGAGCUUUGGCUUAAUGUUCAUCAUUCAAGCAUAGUUCAGUAGCACUUCCUUUUUGGAUGAUCCACUGUGUAAAAGUGUGACAUGACCAUCACAUGUAUUUUCUUCUUUUUCUCUUUUCCUUGUGGAACUUCCCCUGUUAACCAGACAAAUUUCUCAACACUACCAUGUUCCUGUUUAGUCAAUAAAAUUAACUGGAGAUCUGAAAAGCUCCUUAGCAUGUACCACAGUGGAAUGGGAUCGUGUGUAAAUGCAACAUAAAAGUUUCUAUAGAACUGUUCAGGAGACUAGCAUACAUGUGAAACAUAACAUCUUUAAAAUGGAGCUUUAGCACUAAUUAGAAAGCUUUAAUCUUCACCAGAUAUGUACGUCUCCAUAGUUUAUUCACCUCUACUGGUUUCCAUUGCUCACAUCUACACUGUACGUCUACAGAGCCACACGUGGAGUUGUUUUCCUGUCAAAAUAGUUGUAUGUAAAGAUAGCAAGUAUACUUUUAUGAAUUGAAAAUUCACAGAAUUGGUCAUAUGCAACUGUGGUUUGAACCUUAUUACAAGUGGCACACUCGUGUCUAACUACAAGUCCUAUUUUACAUUGCUAGACGUCUUGUCUUGUGAUUUCCCGUCACAGUCUAUGUCGAGUUAUUAACCAGCAGGUUAUUAUAACAGCUUUUGUACUAUCACUGUGUACGCUACCAAAGCACAUAAUUGGCACUCCAUCUUCGUACUGGAAGGGGCAUAAUGUAACCAAAGAGCUGGGGGCUGGCCACACAUGGACAAACAAACAUUAAAAAAUAUCAAGCAGUUCACCUAGGCCAGGGGAUGUUAAUUAUACCCACAAUGGGUCCGCGUAGCUGGGCUGCCGCUUUCCAAUCCGACUGGAAUGAAGUCACACUUGAUUAGCCAUUUGAAAUCCAAGCUCAAUUUAAUUGUUAUAACAGCCCUUUGUAGAGAAGUAUGAAGACCACUGGCCUUCAUAUCACAUUCUUAAAGAUGUGGUUACACACUGUCAAAGCUAUGCACGUAAAGCAGUAUUCUGUAAAUCCAUCAAGUACUACAUUUUAAAACAGCCACAAGAAGUAUACGUUAAGAAUUUGUUAAAAGCUGACUGAAUUUGCAAUUCAUAAAAAGCUGAUUUGUCAGGAAAUCCACUCUGUACAUGGCACUCUGUCUGGUUGUUGCAAUAUGCAAGGAGAAAAAGUCACUGUUAUUUUGACGACAGAACUUUUAAGAUAUUAAGUAGGUAUGGAGUAGAUAAAGUUAAUUAUUUAAACAACAAAAAGAAAAAAGAUCAGGCAUGGAAAUUGUGCUUAAAAUAGUUUACGUUCCUGGUCUUAUGUCACUACUUGUCGUCAUGCACUGAUUUUUUUUUUCUCUUUUUUGCGUGUGUGUGUGUGUGUGUUUGUUUUGUAAAUAUGUUCAUGUUUGUUUUGAUGUAAAGAUAUUUUGGCCCUCUGUAUUUUAGCAGGCCUUCUGGCUCCUGUUUUGAUUUUGAUUCACUUCCCGUUUAGUUUAUUUUGAAAGAUUUGCUGGCAAUCUGGGAAUUGAUCUUUUGUUGGUUAAUAAACUUUCUUUGUUUUUUUUAA